UUGCUCUGUGUGAUGGAGAAGACGUAUUCCCUAACUGCCCACUACGAUGAGUUCCAGGAGGUCAAGUACGGCGGCCGCUACAGCAGCGACAUCCUCAGCAAUGGCAUGACCCUUCACCUGGGGGGCAGCCUUGACCGCCACGUGGGGCGAGCGCGCGGGGGGACCUGGUCAAACGGCCGAAACAAAGACUUAGGCAACGCCGGCGGCGGCGGGGGCCUUCCCCGGUGGAGCCGGAGGGAGAUCUGUCUACUAUCCGCGCUGGUCUUCGCCGCGGGCAUGUGCGUCAUCCUGGGGAGCAUGCUGGCGCUCAAGUACAUUUCCCUGGACGCCCAGCAGGACCCCCACUGCCGGCAGGACUGCCAGCGCAAGCGCUCCCUCCUGCGGGCGGCCCGCUUCGUCCAGGCCAACAUCGACCCCACCAUCCAGCCCUGCCAGGACUUCUACUCGUUUGCCUGCGGCGGCUGGCUGCGGCGCCACGGCAUCCCCGAGGACAAGCUGAGCUACGGCAUCAUCACGGCCAUCGGGGAGCACAACGAGGAGAAGCUGCAGCGCCUCCUGCUGGAGCCCGUCCGGAGGCAAGGGCCCCACUCGGCCGAGCGCAAGGUCAAGGAGUUCUACCGGUCCUGCGUCAACAUCCAGGAGAUCGACAAGCUGGGGUCGGGGCCCAUGACCGAGGUGAUAGGCAGCUGCGGAGGGUGGGACCUGGAGGGGGCCCCCCAGGGCGCCGCCGGGUGGGAGACCGCGGGGGGGUCGCACAGGCCGGACUUCAACGAGCUGCUCUACAGGACCCAGGGGGUGUACAGCACCGCCGUCUUUUUCUCCCUCACCGUUAACGUGGACGAUAAAAACUCAUCCAGGAACGCCAUCAGGAUAGACCAGGAGGGGCUCACACUGCCGGAGCGGAGUCUGUAUCUGGGACAGGAUGAGGACAGUGUGAAGAUCCUGGCAGCGUACAAGGCUCUGAUGGAGCGCUUGCUGAGCAUGCUGGGAGCUCACAACGCCACGAAGAUGUCCAAGGAGAUCAUACAGCUGGAGACUCAACUGGCCAAUCUUCACUGGAAACGAUUGCUGGACAGGAUUUUCCACGACAACUUCCCCGAGGACGAGGAGAUCGUCGUGCUCGCCACGGACUACAUCCGGAAGGUCUCCGACAUCAUCGGAGACUCUCAGAAGAGGGUUCUCCACAACUACAUGCUGUGGCGCAUUGUGGCAGCCCUGAGUGAACAUCUGUCCACCGCCUUCCGCAGCACCAUCCACGAGUUUUCCAGAGAGAUCGAUGGCACGGAGCAGCAGCUGGAGCUGGGCAGGCUCUGCCUCACCCAGGCCAACAAACACUUUGGCAUGGCCUUGGGGAGCUUGUUUGUCCAGCAACACUUCUCCUCACAGAGCAAAGCCAAGGUACAGGAGCUGGUAGAGGACAUAAAGCAUUCCCUGGACCUUCGGCUACAGGAGCUGGACUGGAUGGAUGAAACCACCAAGGAGGCUGCUAAAGCAAAGCUAAAGCACAUGAUGGUGAUGACAGGAUACCCAGACUACUUGCUCAAACCUGAGCUCAUUGAUCAAGAAUAUGGGUUUGAUGUGGAUGAGAAGACCUACUUCAAGAACAUCCUGAACAGCAUAAAGUUCAACAUAAAGCUGUCUGUCAAGAAAAUCCACGAAGAAGUGGACAAGACAGCAUGGCUUCUCCCACCACAGGCUCUUAAUGCCUACUACCUCCCGAACAAGAACCAAAUGGUUUUUCCUGCCGGCAUCCUUCAGCCCACUCUCUACAACCCUGAUUUUCCACAGUCCCUGAACUACGGCGGGAUAGGAGCUAUCAUUGGACAUGAGCUAACACAUGGAUACGAUGACUGGGGGGGCCAGUAUGAUCGCCAUGGCAACCUCAAACAGUGGUGGACGGAGGAGUCCUACAGGAAGUUCCAGAAGAAGGCGGAAUGUAUCGUCAAACUCUAUGACAACUUCACUGUAUAUACCCAGAGGGUCAAUGGCCGUCUAACACUGGGGGAGAACAUAGCGGAUAUGGGAGGACUGAAGUUAUCGUACUAUGCAUAUCAGAAGUGGGUGAGGGAAUAUGGUCCAGAGAGGCCUCUGCCCGGCCUCAAAUACACACACGAACAGCUGCUUUUCAUUGCCUUCGCACAGAACUGGUGCAUGAAGAGGAGGUCCCAGUCCAUCUACCUACAGCUGCUAACGGACAAACACGCACCAGAGCACUACAGGGUGAUCGGCAGUGUCUCCCAGUUCGAUGAGUUUGCCCGUGUUUUCCACUGUCCAAAGGGAUCCCCGAUGAACCCUGUGGACAAAUGCUCCGUCUGGUGA